AUGUCCUUCGCGUCCCGUUCAGCCAGCGCACUCCGCGCCGCCUCGCGCCGUGCUGCUCCAAAAGUCGUCGCGAAGCCCGUCCAGGCCGCGUCGUACUCCAUCCUCGCCCGCUCUGCUGCGUCUGCCGUCCCCCGGAGAGCAGCUGUCCAGGGCGUCCGUGGUAUCAAAACUCUCGACUUUGCUGGUUCCAAGGAGGUCGUCUACGAGCGCAGCGACUGGCCCCUCGCGAAGCUCCAGGACUACUUCAAAAAUGAUACCCUUGCUCUUAUUGGCUACGGCUCGCAAGGCCACGGUCAGGGCCUCAAUGCUCGCGACAACGGUAUCAACGUCAUCGUCGGUGUUCGUGAGGGCGGCGAGAGCUGGAAGCAGGCCCAGGAGGACGGUUGGGUCCCCGGCGAGACGCUCUUCUCCAUCGAGGAGGCCAUCAACCGUGGCUCCAUCAUCAUGAACCUCCUUUCCGACGCCGCUCAGUCGCAGACCUGGCCCAAACUUGCUCCCCUCAUCACCAAGGGCAAGACCCUCUACUUCUCGCACGGCUUCUCCGUCGUCUACAAGGAGGACACCAAGGUCAUCCCCCCCACUGACGUCGAUGUCAUUCUCGUCGCACCCAAGGGCUCCGGCCGCACCGUCCGCACCCUCUUCAAGGAGGGCCGUGGUAUCAACUCUUCUAUUGCUGUCUGGCAAGACGUCACCGGCAAGGCCAAGGAAAAGGCUACCGCUAUUGGUGUCGCUAUCGGCUCUGGGUACAUGUACGAGACCACCUUCGAGAAGGAGGUCUACUCUGACUUGUACGGUGAACGUGGUGUCUUGAUGGGCGGUAUCCAGGGUAUGUUCCUUGCCCAAUACCAGGUCCUCCGCGAGAACGGCCACUCCCCCUCGGAAGCCUUCAACGAGACCGUCGAAGAAGCCACCCAAUCCCUCUUCCCCCUCAUCGGCCAAUACGGAAUGGACUACAUGUACAACGCAUGCUCCACCACCGCCCGCCGCGGCGCCCUCGACUGGGCUCCCAAAUUCGAACAGGCCAACCUCCCGGUCUUCCGUGCGCUCUACCAGAGCGUCCGUGACGGAACCGAGACCCGCAAAUCGCUUGAUUUUAAUGGAAGGAGCACGUACCGUGAGGAUCUCGCGAAGGAGCUCAAGGAGAUCGACGAGCAGGAGAUCUGGCGCGCAGGCAAGACCGUGCGCUCUCUCCGUCCCGAUGCCAAGCCUUGA